AUGAUAACUACACCGAAUAUCAUUGAUUCUAAAUUUUAUGAGUCAUAAAAUGGCAGUCAUGCAAAUUAAUAAGAACAUGAAGAAUUCAAAUAAAUUUUACUUAAAUUAUGGAUCUAGAUCUCGAGAUCUUUUAAUGAAGACUUUGAAGAAAUCUUAUAACUUGGUAUCAAUUCAGAUAUCUAAGAUGUCAUAAAUGCUAUACUUAUAAUUGAGGAUGCAAGAUUAGAACAAAUUAAAGUAUAAAAUUAUUUUAUAUUUUUAGAGUGAUCGAUAAUAGAUUUAACUUCUCGAAAAUGAAAUAAAUUCUAUAAAAGUAUAAAUUAGAACUAACAAUACAAAUGAUGAAUUAAAAGAAACUUAAAAACAAUAUAGAGAAUUAAGUGAACUUGUAAUUUCAUUGAAAUAAUCAAAUGAAGAAAAAGAUCAUUAAAUUUAAGAAUAAACAUAACAAAAUAUGAAACUGUAGAGUGAAAUAAAUUUAUUAACAUCUAAAAUUAAAAAUUUAUAAUAAGCUUUGGUUUAGAAUAAAGAAGAAAAAAUUUAAUAUAUGGAGUAAUCUUAAAAAUAGAUUAAAUAAUUAAUGGAAAAAGAUCUAUAAUAAAGUAAAAUGAUUUAAAUACUUUAAAUUUAAAAAAUAGAAUUAGAAAACAGUCUCAAAAAAACAAGUCAAAGAAAUUCUAUAGAAUCAUCUAAUCAUUUAGUAUCUCAUAAUUAAAGAGAAGAGGAUCAAACAAGAAUUUUAAGUUGUUCACCAAGUACGAUUUCAACAUAUUUUUUUAAGGAACCACUCAUAUUGAUAUUUCUAAAAUUGUUUUAUAAAGUCUACAAAGCAGCAAAAAAGCUGAAAUGGUUUCUGGAUAAUCACUUUCAUAAAUUCCAUACAGAUUUGGAAAAUGA